UGAAACCAGACAGCGUGGAUGUGCUGGCGCCGAUCUUGCUGCGGUACAAGGCUGCGCACGCGGCGGGCGCCAUCUUGCACGUGUCGUUCACGACGGUGUCGGAGUACUUCUGGCUGCUGCGCGCGGCGUGCGAGUGUCUCGCGAACCUCGGCCCUCGCGCGGUGCUGUACCUCGCCGCUGCCGUCUCCGACUUCUACGUGCCUAAGGAUUGCGUUCCGACCCACAAAAUACAGUCGGAAAGCGGGCCGCCCAUCAUCCAACUCCACCUGGUGCCGAAGAUGCUGGCACCGCUGGUCAACCUCUGGGUGCCGACGGCGUACGUGGUCUCCUUCAAGCUGGAGACGGAUGAGAACCUCCUGGUACCCAAGGCCAGAGCAGCCCUGGAGAAAUAUAAGCAUAAGAUGGUGGUAGGGAAUAUGCUGCAGACGCGACAUCACCGCGUCAUCAUGGUCACGCCCGACGCCACGCAAGAGAUUAUACUCACAAGGGAGGAGGUCCAUGCAGGCGUGGACAUCGAGUCGUCGAUCGUGCUGGAGAUCGUGCGCGCGCACGCGGAGCACCUGCGCGGCGCGGGCGCGGGCGCGGCGGCGGGCGGCGCCGACUGGGCCCGCGCGAGCCGCGCUGACUCUCGCCGCGCCCGCCGCCGGCUCUACCUCACGCCGGACUAG